AUGGAGCAAAACAUGCCGCCGAUACGAAAGCAACGUUCUCAAUUAACUCCCACAGCCUGCGUCCGAUGCAGGAUCAAAUGUACCGGAGAGCCACAAGGUUGCCGCACAUGUGUCAAUAAGGAUGCCGAGUGCAUUUAUCCAACCUCCUUAUCGUCGUCAUCGUUAAGGCAGCCGCCGUACUACGGUCAGCAGAUACAUGCGGCUACUACCACAACAAGCGCCGCCAACGCGGCCCUCUCGGGGGUUCAUUCAGGUGGCGACGCCAGGUUUAUCCACAAAGAAGCUAGGGGGUGGCGUAACAUGCUGUUGAUGCCGGAUGCAACCGGCGGAACCAUGGACCUUGAUCUGUCACAGCUGCUGGCACAACAGGCGACUGAAGUUUUCGACUCCAACCUGGAUCACGCCACAGAGUUCUUUAUGCCACCUUAUCACGACUGUCUACCGUCACCUAGCAAGGAACAGGAUCAGCGCAGCCCCAAGCGGCUCAAGCCAUCUGCGAAAACUGGCAUGAUCACAUCGGAAGACAGUCGCAACGACGCCGGCACAAGAAUUUGUGGAUCGGCUUCCGCCACCGAUGCUGGCAAUAGACACAUGGACGGCACCACCUGCUUCGAGAAGCUGCUUGAGGCAUUCGAAGCUAUCGCUUUGGAGACUGCCCAGCACAAAGCAUGCGCUGGUAGCGAUAGGGUGUCCCUCGACCAAACGACUGCCCCUCGACAGGUCAGCAACACGAGGUUAAACAGCCGACUGUUGACCUGUCAAACGCAUCUCAUCCAUGUCGGUGAAACCUUGUUGGAAUGUCCCCAGUGUAUGAUUGGUAGUCUGCCGACGACGAUGCUUGCCAAUUUGGCCGAGACGAUUCUUGAUUCGAUCGAUUUGGUCCUCUCCACGAUUGAGCAGGGAUCCCCGGGCCCGGGGAAAAGCAGCAGGAGCAGCAGGAGCAGCAGCAGCAGCAACUCAAUACACCACCCAUCGAAUGCGCACACUCCAGGGGAGGAGCUCGUAGGUGAUAGUGGAGACGAAGGUGGGUGCGCUGCAGAGGGUACCGAGGACGCGGCGGGGCUAUCGCUUAAACUUUCUGGUCCGGCGGAUUAUGUCCUCAAUCACGAAGAUCAAAAGCUUGUCCUGAGGGCGUUGCUGGCCCGCCGAUUGGUUCAGGUGGAGAGCCAACUGGAUCGGCUCCUCCCGAUAACCCGCACGAGGUGUAAAGCGGGACAGCAAGCCCUUCUGCAAAACGUACGCGCCAGGUUGAAAAAGUACAGUGGCUUUUACCAAGGGAGCGGUGCAUUCAGUUGCCAUUCGUAG